GACUUGGACCAUAUACCUACAGUACCUUCACCUACCCGCGCAAUCGUACGAUUGUAACUUACCGCUGUUCUUGAUACUGUCAUAAUAGCGUAAAUAUUAUAAAUCGUUUAUUCGCAUUCACGUGCUUUCACAACUAGUCGAAAAAAUGGAAGAAUUCUUUGCCGGCAAAAAGUUCAUCGUUACCGGUGCUAACGCAGGAAUUGGGGAGACGAUCACUAAACGUCUAGUGAAAUUGGGUGCUCACGUUUUUGCUGUCGGACGUGAUGCAAAGAAAUUGCCACCAGCCGGGCCUAACCUAACUCCAGUUUGUGCAGAUGUGGGCGAUUGGAACUCCUAUGACAUUAUUAAAAAAUUGGGGCCAGUCCAUGGCUUGGUGAACAAUGCUGGAGUUGCGUUUAUCGAAUCUUUCUUUGAUAUGACACAAGAAGGAUGGGAUAAGACAUUAGACAUCAACGCGAGAGGAAUCGUUCGCAUAAGUCAGGCAGUAGCAAAGAACAUGUUAGACGCUGGAAUCAAAGGGUCCAUUGUUAACGUGUCCUCGACAAUUUCAGAAAGAGCUAUUCCAGACCACACGUCGUAUUGUGCAUCAAAAGGUGCAGUCAAUCAAGUGACAAGAGUUAUGAGUAUCGAGCUGGGAAAAUUGGGUAUCCGUACCAACAAUGUCAAUCCUACUGUGGUUAUGACAAAAAUGGGUGCUAAAGCAUGGUCAGACCCAGAGAAAUCUAAUCCGAUUUUAAAUAGAAUACCACUUGGACGAUUUGCUGAGUGCGAUGACGUCGCAAAUGUGACUCUAUUUUUGCUCAGUGACUACUCUUCCUAUGUAAAUGGCGUUUCAAUUCCAGUAGAUGGUGGAUUUUUGACCAGUUAAACAUGGAUUACCUAAGAAACAACAUUAUACUCACAUCACGAAUGGUCUGAAUAUUAUUACAGGAGAAUAGUUGAAUUAUUUUAACUAUACAACAAAAAAGAUUUAAAAAUGUAACUUUUUAAAUUAAUUUUAAACUAAUUGAUUUUUA